AUGAAUUAUUUUCUUUUAUUUCCAUUUUUGUUAAUUAAUUUUUGUUAUUUCACAAAUGGUGAAAAAGCAACAGUUGCACAAUGCGAAACUGUGGUUGAAUAUUAUGUAAUAAAAGAUGACUGCGUCUGCACAAAUGAUUUUAGUAAAUGUCUAACAUCAAUAGUAAAUCAAGGAAAGUGUACAAAAGAGGAUUUUCCCGCUAAUUUAACUGAAACAACCUUGUGUACUAAAAUGUAUUCGAAAUGUUCGUUAACGGAAAAUGAAUGUGAUAUUUGUGGAUGUUUUGAGUAG